GCAGCAAUCCGAGUUUGCCGCGAAGAUGACCGUGAUGUUCCGGCGCAAGGUAUCCUGAGGAAAAGCGGGCCCCACACCCCAGAGUCAAGAUGGGAACAAUUGCGGGAGAGUAGAGGUCCAAAACUUCAAUUUCUUUUGGCAGUCACGCAUGAAGACAACUUCGGCUCUGCAGUGUAGUCAUAUGUGCAAGCUACUCCAGCCGCAUUUUUACCAAUCAGCGCUACCAUCCUGAUUAGCUCGUCGUGGUCACAGAUUUCGAAGCACCAUCUUCAGAAAAUGCCUCUCAUGUUGGAGCCGCAUGAGAUGAAACAUCCUGAGCAUGCAAAUGUGAAUGACAGCUCUGGAGGGAUCGUGGGGAGGUUUUUCCACAGGAUGUAAGGAGCUGGAAUUCGGCAUCAUCCAGAGCGGGCUCCGGCUUCCUGACCUGUUUGCGGACCUGAAAAUGGCGCUCGCCCGGUUUAUCAACUUCCAGAUCGUCGUGUACUUCGACGCCUUGCGCGUGCAUCUCGACCUGCCCAGCAAUGAGUUUCCGGACCUGAUCCAGCCCCCGCAGGGGAAGAAUUUCGGAGUCGGCAACGCCGCCGCGCCGGGGGGCGGCGCGCCCCUGGCCGACUACGUCCGCGUGACGCCCCCGCGGGAGUUGCUGCAGCUGUCGGGGAAGUACGCGGGCGCGGAGGGCACCUUGAGAGCGUGGACGCGGACGGCGCACGUGCAGGAGGUGACAGAAAAGUUCCACGGGCCCGGCUGUUUUAAGGACUGGUGCUUGUCGGUGUACGUGCGGGACCACCAGCGCAUCUCGAA